GACGCGGGCCGAGGCCGCCACCCGGAGCAGUGCACCCAGCCCUGCUCCUGCUCCAGGCGCCACGCACUGGCCGCAGGGCUGGGAACAGCCGGGGAGGUGGCCCUGGCCAGCGGGGUGGGGGCCCCCCCGAAGUGGGUUUCGAGCCACCACCCGCGCUGGCUCCGGUUGCAGAAGGCGGCGCAUGGCGCACUCCGCACCCUGGGCACCACACCGGGCCGCCUCAGGAUCUGCCGUUCUGCCCCGGCCCGGAAAACCCGGCGCCUUCCAGGCCCUUCGAAAGAUGGAUUCUGUUGACGUAUCUGGCGGCUCUGGCGAGCUGGGUGGAAAGUUGGGUUUUGCUAGAUCACCCUGGGUUCCUCUUUGUGACGCUCAGGGAGCCCUGCAUCCUCCUGGAGCCCGGUCAAGUGGCACCCGAGUCGAGUGAUGGAUGACCUGCAGGCCCAGAAUCUGCCCAUGGACAUGACUGAUUCCCCUCCUGCCCUGGCCAAUAACAGACUGGAGAAUGGCAUGGCCCAGCUCAUCACCACUGAGGCCUGGAACAUCAACUCCACUGACUUGGUCAAGAAGGCCCUGGUGACUGUACCGGCCCCCUCUAUUCUGACCCCGCCUGCCGAGUCCCAGAGUGGCAUGGCUCUGAAGGUGGCGGCCACCGUGCUGCAGCCCCUGUGCCUCGGGGAGAGCCCUGUGGUGAUGCCCAUCCACAUGCAGGUGGAGGGCAGCUCUGCCCCAGAGCUCAAUCCCAAUGCCAAUGCCACAUACGUCAUGACCACGCAGGGCCCCGUGCAGCUGCCUGUGGUGCUGGAGCAGCAUGUCUUCCAGCACCUCAACUCCCCUCUGGUCCUGCCGCAGGAGGCACCCUGCUCAUCCAGCACCAUCCACAACAACCUCUUCCAGGGAGCCGAGGACUCAGAUGCACAGCCCCAGCUCCUGGACCUGCGGCUCCCCAGUCAGCCGCAGGAGCCCACACUGCCGUUCGAAGCCGUGCUACAGAAUCUGUUUCCCUCCCAGGGCACACUCGGCCCCCCUCCCUGUCAGCCUCCUCCUGGCUAUGCCGCUGUGCCGCCCCAGCCCUUCAACUCCCCUCUGUCCCCACUGGUCCCUCCUGCCACCCUCUUGGUGCCCUACCCUGUGAUUGUCCCCCUGCCUGUGCCGGUCCCCAUCCCCAUCCCCAUCCCCGUGCCUCAGAGUUCUGAGUCCAAGUUCAACCCCACUUUCCCCAAGCCGCCCUCUUCCUUCAACCUACACCCCUUUAAGGGCAGCCAGACCCCCCUAGAAAAGGACGAACUGAAGCCCUUGGACUUGCUACAGCCCAAGGAGUACUUCCAACUCAGCCGCCACACGGUCAUCAAGAUGGGCGGUGAGAACGAGGCCCUGGAUCUCUCCAUGAAGUCAGCAGCGCCCUGGCUGAAGGCUGGCCAAGCCAGUCCCACGGUCUUCCAGGAAGACACAGCCCUAGACCUGUCGCUGGCUGCCCACCGCAAACCUGAGCCGACCCCUGAGACACUAUGUGACAGCAGCAACUCAGCCCACAGCCCUGGGCACACUCACAUUGUGCUCGAGAAACUUGCCUGUGCCACGGAAAAGCCCUUGGCCCCUGCCACACCCCAAGAGGCCGGCACCCCAAUGGAUGGCCAUAGCAACAGUGCCUCUGCCACCGCCUCCGAGAUGCCUAGCCAGCCCAGCGGUGAGGUCAAGGCUGAAAAUAACAUUGAGAGUACAAGCGAGUCCCAGGCAGCCAAGGUCAUUGUCUCCGUGGAAGACGCUGUGCCGACCAUCUUCUGUGGCAAAAUCAAAGGCCUCUCUGGUGUGUCCACCAAAAACUUCUCCUUCAAAAGAGAAGACGCCGUGCUUCAGGGCUACGACAUCCACAGCGUGGGAGAAGAGUCUGUGGGAAACUCGGAGCCGCUUAGGAAGCCUGUCAAAAGCCGGAGCAUAAAGUUAAAGAAAAUGAACUCCCAGGAGAUACACACACUGCCAAUCAAGAAACAACGGCUGGCCACCUUUUUUCCAAGAAAAUAAAGAAGGGCUUUUUAACAUUUUUAUGAUUAUAAUAUGGGGAAAGGUGUAUUGGUUUUAUAAAAAGGCAUUUAAAACAAAUUAUCUUUGUUAAUUAUUUGGGGGUUAGUUGGGAAGUGGAAAGGGGGGUCGCCUUUAGAGGCCCUGGAAGCUGGGAUCAUUUUCUUUUUUAAUUUUUGACUUUUCACAAAUGAGUAAAUAAGAGCAACCUAUUUUUCAAGCAGAUUGCACAUUUUUUGCAGCUUUAAUGGAAUAGUGGGUGAAUCAGAGGGGUUAAAAAGAAGCUAUUUUCAUUGCCACAAAGUGCUUUGAUGAUGUAAUACCUAAUAAAGGGUAGGAUGACUAUUUCACAAUAAAUGUUUGUUUGCACUAA